CACUGGCACUUCCGCUGCUGCUUCUGUUACUGCCUAUGGGCGGUUGACUUCCGAGCCGUUGCUGAGCCCCUUCGAUGGAACCCAAGGGCUGUCGUGAACCAGGCGUCAGCUAGGGCGCCUCCGGGCCACAGUUCCUCUCCAGCGCACAAUGUUCGAAGUUUCCCUUGCCGCCUGCGCGAUGCUUCUGCUGUGCGGCGAGGCGGGUGCCAGCAGCUGCCCCGGAGAGCAGUCCCAGUCGCAGGGCUCGCACAGGGUGCUCCGCCCCCAGAGCGCCCUCACCUCCUUCAGGCCGGAGGAGCAGAACAACACCGAGGUGGUGGCGCAGGUCGGCAGCACCGCCAGGAUCAGGUGCUACACGCACUUCCUCGGGAAUGCCCUGGUGACGUGGACGAAAUCGGACGAAGAGUUUCUGCUGACGGUCGGGGAAAGAAUCUACACCUCAGAGCCGCGUUAUUUCAUAUCCCAUGUGAGGCAUCAGAAGCUUUGGGAGCUGUCCAUCCGCAGCGUCAGGGCGUCGGACGCGGGCGCCUACGAGUGCCAGGUGACGUCACACCCGCUCGCCGCCAUCUACUUCUUCCUCAGGGUGGUGGAGGCCCGGGCCGUGGUUCCGGACGGCGGGGCGCUGCACUCGCACGCGGGGGUGCAGCUCCGCCUCCCGUGCCGCGUGGACCAGGCCACCGAGCCCGUCAGCCACUUCUUCUGGUACCACAACGGGACCGGCAUCAACUUCUCCAAGACGCGCUCGCUCACGAUUGUCACGCACGGCUACUGUAGUUACGUCGUCAUCGAGAACGUGACUUGGGCGGAUUCCGGCGUGUACACCUGCGCACCCCUGAGGGCCAGGCCCGCCAACCUCACGCUCCACGUGCUCCAAGACGAGCAGCGCUCCGCCUUGUACAACGGCCGCGGCGAAGGGGGUUUCGCCGCCGCUGCCUCCGUCCUCCCCCCCGUGCCGCCCACGUGGCUGCUCGUCGCCUGCCUCGUGGGCGCGAGGCCCUCUUGCUGAGCGGCCGCGAGACAGCCCUUAGGAUUAGUGUCUUUAAUACGCGAGCAUAUUUUUAAAGAGAAGAGAAAGUAGAGAAAAUAUUUUUUACUGCUGCGUAGUCAUGAGAGAAUGAAGAACUGUGUCUGUGUUCACAAACACACACACACACACACACACACACACA